UAAAGGGAGGUUGAGCUAGCACUCUGGACCUUUAAUCAUCUCUUCUUCCUAUAAUUCAUUUCCCCUAAAUUCUCUUCUUCCUCAACCCUCUCUCUUCCUCUCUUGCUUACUCAUCCUUUCUCUAUAUAUUGCUGAGAAGACGAGAGAAAUAUAUUAAAAUGGUCGAGGAGCUUCUUCUACGAGCGAGGAGAGAGUUACCUCUACUGAAAGAGAAGAAGACCACAGCUGACACCACUCAUAAGAGCUCGCCUCCUCCAAAAAUCAUGGAUCAUCCCGAGCUCUCGUUAGGCCCUUCCAUGUUCUCCUUCACCGAAAGCUCCUCUUUUGAAUCUGAAGCAAACAAUGUUAGAAAGAGGAAGCUAUCAAGCUGGGAACACACCAGCAAUCAAACAAACAUAGAUCUCCAGCUCAAUAAUUCUCUUCCCUUGGAUUGGGAGCAGUGCCUGGAUCUUCAAACUGGUAGGAUGUACUGCAUAAAUAGAAAAACUCAAAGGAAAAGCUGGGUGAAGCCAAAGGAGCAGAAGCUUGACUUAGAUCUCAACAUAUCAAAUCUUCCAACCUCAGAAGACAAGAAGCCUGGUUCUCUUACAAUAAAUGACACAAAACCGCCAAGUGGAUCUGACAAUGGAGGCGGCAUGGUUGCCAUUGUUUGCCUCAAUUGCUACCUGCUUGUCAUGCUCUACCGGUCAUCUCCCUCAUGCCCCAACUGCAAGUUCAUGCACUCCCUGCUGCCAUCACCAGUACCGCAAAAUUUAAAGCCUGUCAAGUCUCUUGAAACGCUAAGCCUUCUCCAUUAGCAUACCAAUUAAUUAGAAUACAUCAUAUUAAUCAAUAUCUAGGAAUCAUUAUAGGUAGAUGCUGUUAGAACUUUGUAAUCAUUUGUCUAAGAUGCAUCAUCCAUGAAUGCUGAAAGCUCCUCUUGUGCAAAUUAAAAUUGUUUAUUUUUCGCUUUAUCAGUGAAGUUAAUGUUAGAAAGGGAGAUGGAUCGAUGAGGUGCUGUCAUUUCUUAGCAGAAAGGUUGUGAGGACAGGUGAGGUUUAGGUUUGUACAUCUCUCCCCAUUCAAGAGGAAUACAGUAUAGAUGCUGGGAACUACUCCCUAUGCUGAUGCUAUUCUGCACUGCUGCACUUUCAUUUCCAACGAGGAGAGAAUGUAUGUAGUACUAAAAUUUUACCCGUUGAAAAUUUAACACCAA